GCCAGCGCCCUAACCACUGAGCUAAGGGCGCCUAGCCCAGGGGAGAGGUCUUGACUUACGUUGUCCUCCUGUGUAAGGGUUCAUUGAUAUUCUGUCCCUCCAGCUCACGUGCCUCUGCUUGUGACCUCAGGAACUGAUAGUAAGUCAUAGGUCUCUUGACAGAACAAAUGGGAGAUGAAGGGGUGUGAAGUGGAUGUCUGUGGGGAGUGAGAUGAAGUCUUGGGCAGAGGUUGCUGUAGACAGGCUUGUGUGCUGUAUCUAGGACCAGGAGUUAGAAACCAUUCUCUCAGCAAUUGGGGAUCAUCCACUGUGUGUCCAGCACUGCCUAACAGGAAUGUGUUUCUUUGGUAAGUAGUAAAGUAGGAGGAAGCUGUGUUGAGCACAGAUCUUUCCUCUCCAGCACGCUCAUGGAUCUUUCCGCUUUCACCCCCACCGGUAUCAGAGCUUUAUUUGGGUUAUACAACCUCUGUUACUUUGAUCUGUUGGUCUUCCAGGCAUCUAUCUCCUUUGGCUUCAGGAGAAUAAGGUGGAAGGACUGGCUGGGUAUAAAUUGCACAUCACCAACACCCCAACCUAUUUGUAUAAAGAGACCAGUCUUUUAUCCUGAAAAUUUUUAGCAAAUUUAAGAUCCUGCCCUGUUUCACUAAAGCUUUGCAGUCUUCCUAGUGCUACAUAAAAUUUGAGGAAAACGAAGAAACGAAACUCCUAAACAGGGACCCUGGGCGUGGAUUGCAGGACAAGGGUUUACAAACAUGUCUGUGCAGCCGCGGGGUGGCGCUUGCGGCCGAGGGACUACACUUCCCAGGGGGCGUUGCGGGGGCGGGGCCUGUGGGAGGUCUUGCGACACUCGCGCUGAGCAGAUGGCGGGGCCCGUGAAGGACCGUGAGGCUUUCCAGAGGCUUAACUUCCUGUACCAGGCCGCCCACUGUGUCCUUGCACAGGACCCCGAUAACCAGGCUCUGGCGCGGUUUUACUGCCACACGGAGAGGACCAUCGCGAAGCGGCUUGUCUUGCGGCGGGACCCUUCGGUGAAGAGGACUCUCUGUCGUGGCUGCUCUUCUCUCCUCAUCCCAGGCCUCACCUGUACCCAGCGCCAGAGACGUGAGUGCUCCUGCAAAGGCGGGGUGAUUGCGGAGCAUGGGGGAGGGGGUUACGGGAGGCCGAACAACUCCUUCCUACCUUAAGAUGGGGGUCGGGCUUGGCAGUCUCAUGAGUUGGCCUUCUCUUCUCAGCUCUGAGUUAAGUUGCUAACUCCACUUUCAAACAUAUGGUUUGGACUUGGCUUUUUUCCCCAAUUUGGGCAACAGAGAGAUGAUGUUACCGUAUGAGGCAACCUCACCCAUGCUUAAUAAAUGUUUGGUUUUUGGCCUUGUG